GUCUGCCGCACGCCAGGCUACGAAUCGGUCGCUCUCUGCUCUUGCUAUUGGCCACACAAAGAAACCCGUUCGCGACCGUCGCACCCGAUUCGUCUCGAGCUCCGUACCCUUACCCGUGUUUCGGUUGGCAGCCGCGCAUGCGCAAAGUGUUUCGUAAUUGACAGCCAGCGAGCAACAUCAGCAAUAGCAACAGCAGCAGCGGCUUGUCCCAGUUUCCAGUUCGCUUUUCAUUUCGUUGUAGACAGAGAUUUUGUAGACUUUUUCGGUAAUGCCCACGGGCUGUGCAAAUGCAUCAUUGAGUGUUGGGGGCAUAGUAUAUUGAAAGCGGCUAAGUGAUGUGCAAUCGACUACGUACCAAGACCAGACGACAAGCAACAGAGGACGCCACCACUCACAGAGAUCAGGAGCAAGGAGAGCGGCAGGAUUAUGAGAUCGCAUGUGGCCGUCUAUCGCGCGCCAGACAACGGGAAUAUCCACGCUGGACCCUUUGCUAGAUACCAUCAGUCUCAGCACUUACAUUGGGCCUCAACGCAGCCGGUUCCUCCACCCCCUUCAGCUGCUGCCGCCUGCUACAAUCAGCUCCAGCGUCAGCGCCUGCAUCAUGGACCACACGUUCCCUGGACACCUGCUCAUGCCCAGGGGCAGACUCCACUAGCUCCGUCCCCUCAGGCAGCUAGCUAUGGCAUUGGAUUGGCCCUACCGCCUGUGGUUAAUCAGCAGCGCAUCAACGAGUGCGCCGGAAUCCCACUCAUCUCGAACGCCUCCAGCCAUCUGUCCCCGGGUCAACGUCAGCGUCUGCUGAGGAAGACAGCUCCAAAGACGCCACCAUGGCCGCCGACGGGUGUGCACUCCAUGUCCCAGCUGGCCGCCCACGCCCAGGGUAUGCCACUCCUCCAGCAGAACGGCAAGCAGCAUCUGUCACAGCAUCACCAGCCGCAGCAGCACCAUCAUCUACCGUCGUGGAGUGCCUACCAGCCGAUGACCCAAGCCAGCCAGAACUACAAGCUGGCCGAUAAAUCCCGAGCCCUACGCUACCAGAACUCUGCUCCGCCCAUGCUCCAAAGCCAGGAGAAGCAGACGCUGGCCGGCUCUGCUACUGGCUGCCAGGAUGUCACACCGCCGCCGGAGAGCUGCCUGCCACGGAUCAUUAAGCCGCGCAAGCGCCGCAAAAAGGAUCGGAAGCCCGGAAACGGAGUACUGCUGAAAAUGGAACCGAAUCUACAGAUGAACUCGUCCGUCCAGGGAGAGGAUCAUUCAUACCAUCAUCUGCUGCCUCUGGGCGGAGGUGGUGGACUCCUGCAGCACGAUCACACGCACGGCGUUUGCUUUUGCCGGGACUGCGAUCCGCUGCGAUCCCUGUGGGACUACCAGACACAAACACUGCGUCGCUCGCUCUCCGAUGCCUCGUCCAGUGAGCCGGGCGACGGCAGCCGGGAGUCCUCUUCCUCCACGUCGUCCACGCACUCGUCGGAUAGCUCCUGCGAUAGCUCCAUCUGCUCCCAGAGCCUGCCGCCGACCAGCAACUGUGCGCCCACUGGGAAGGAGGAGAAAGUCGAGGAGUUUGCACCCAUAACCGGGGACAGCAGUCGGGCGGAAAUUGUGGGCGUCAUUGGAUCGCAGCGAAGCCACCAAGUGGGUCAUGCCCAUGAGGGCGUCAUCGCGACGCCCUCACAGUGCAGCCUCAGCGAUGACUCGGGCUAUGGCGACAUCUUAAGUGGGAUUAACAUAGCCAACGAUCUCUUUGGCAACAUUGGCUUCAAAGGCAGGGCCUCAUCGGAGUCAUCUUACUCGUCUGCCUGCGCCGCCCAGGCGGAGACGCUGCUCGACGAGAGCAUCAGCGAGAUAUCGAGGAAGCUCAUUGAGACGUGCAGCAGCGGGGCAUCGUCGUCGUCAUCGACGUCGUCGUCAGGCGGAGAUCGACACGGUUCGGCAUUGGGUUCGGGAGCCAGCGACAGUGGCUUGGAUAGUGCUGGCAGCUACAGUCGCGACUCUGGCCUCGUCUUUAGCUUUGAGCAUUUGAAUCUAAAUCUGAAUCUGACGGAUGCGACGCCCACAUCUUUGGAUUUUCUUGUGGAUUGCAACAACAAUAGCAGCAGCACAAGCAGCAGCGGCAGCAACAGAAGCAGCGCAGCAACAAGCGCCAGCCAGCCAGGUCGUGAGAGGAGGAGUCCGAGAGAGUUUGUGCAAAGCAUCAGAGGCCAGGUCGUGAGAGGAGCCCAGAGAGUGCGCCCAAACAGCAGGUCGCGAGAGGAGGCCAGAGAGUGCGAGCAGGCGGGUCGCGCGGGAGAGAGGGCCCGCGGUGGGCAACUGAGCGAACGCGUUCCACACAUAACGGAGCCCAACUGGUCUGGUCAUAAUAGAAUCCCCAAAGAGCAGCAACAGCAGCAAGCAACAGUAACGACAACAACAAUAUUUCUGCGACGAACCCCUCUUUUGAAAAUGCUGUAAGAAGGAAUAGACGCCACGGAUAAUAACAGAA